AUGUGUUCAAUUCCUGGCCUCCCAUCACCUGGUUCAAAUGUGACCGUUUUCAUUACCAGAGUAAAUGUGAACCCCCUCUGCGUUCUGGUAGAGUUUUGGGGUAAUUUUGUUCAAGAUCAGAGACAUGCAUAUCAAAAAAUGAAAAAAGACAUUCAGUGUCCCAAAGAAAGAUUUCAAGAAGGAGCGGGAAAGUCCGGCGACCUGUGUCUUGCGUGGGUCAAUGAGACAUGGAACAGAGCUCGUAUAGUGUCGAGAAAUAAUACUCACUACAGCAUUUUUCUCAUUGAUGAAGGUAGAACACUUCUGGCUCCUACCAGUCUUUUGGCAUGGGGCCAAACUGAAUUUUUCAGCCUGCCUCCUGAAGUAGAAUUUUGUAUUCUUUCCAAUGUACUGCCUUUGUCCAGUGAAAACAGAUGGUCAAAAUUGGCCUUAGAGUUCAUAAAAUCCUUCUGUGGUAAAGCAGUUCCUGCACGUGUUUUAGAUUUUGGCAUACCUCAGCAUGCCUUUAUGCUUGACAUUCCAUGUCUGUCUAGAGAAAUGCAUGAGAUGGGGUUUGCAAAGAAAUCGUCAAAUGAAGAGUUCAUAGACUUUGUUUUAAAGUCUUUACAGUCUGAUGAAUCAUUGUGGACCACCUCCCUGGCACCUGAGUCACUUGAACUAAUCAAGACACAAAUGUGUUAUAUGUAUCCAGAGCUAGAAUCUGAAACUACAGAGAUUGUGCUAGUCACAGAGGUAAACAAUCCCCUGCGUGUCUUCUGUCAACUAAAGGUUUUCUCUCAGGAACUUAAGAAACUGACAGAGCAGAUAACUCAACAUUACGAAAGAACGAUCGGAUCACAUUUUGCGAGACCUGAGAACUUGGGGGCUCCUUGUGCAUCAAGAGGAGCUGACGGAAAGUGGUAUCGCUCUGUUCUGCAGCAGGUCAUUUCCAACCAAAGUGUUGCUGAAGUGCUGCAUGUGGAUUAUGGCAAGAAGCAAUUUGUUCAAGUAGACCACAUUAGACCACUGGCUCCAGAAUUCUUCCGAAUGCCUGUUGUGACUUACGUUUGCUCUCUCCACGGAGUUAUUGAUCGAGGUGUGGGUUGGACAGUUUCACAGAUUGAUUAUCUGAAAUCCUUGCUACUUAACAGAACUGUUAUAGCCAAAUUUGAAUAUCAAAGCAUCCCAGAGGGUGUCCACUACGUCACGCUCUAUGGAGAGGAAAACACGAAUAUGAACAAAUUGUUUUGGUCCCGAGAAAAGUGCUUAAUAGAUUCAAGGUGUCUUAAAGAUUGGAACAUGAUUGGAACAUGUCAGAGUUGCCAUGUUUCAGUUAAAGCUUUUGCACAAGAAAUGGUGGAUUUGAAAGGGUUUUUUACAGAAAGUCUCUUACCCAAUACUGUCCAUGUGGCAGUUGUGCAGCAUGUUGAAAGCCCAUCAAAGUUCUGGAUCCAGACACAGAAAUAUGCUGCCGAGUUUGACCUGCUAAUGAAUAGCCUGGCAGAGCUUUAUAGUGAUGUGAGCAGUGCCAGUGGAUUGAUUAGAAAGCCUAUAGCUGGUCUUCUUUGUGUGGCCAAAGCUAAAGAUGAUGUGUUCUAUAGGGCUGCCAUUUGUGAAGUUACUGAGACCAAAGCAGAGGUUUUCUUCCUUGAUUAUGGAGCUAAGGAACUGGUUGAUUUCAUCAAUCUUCGUGAGUUGCCCCUAGGGUAUCAAAAACUACCAGCCUUGGCAAUAAAAUGUGGUCUUUAUGCCAUUAAACCCAGAAGUGAAGAAUGGGAUCGAAAUGCUACUUUAUUCUUUGCUAAAGCUGUUGUGGAUAAAGUCCUGGAUGUACAUGUACUUGCAAAGACUGAAAACAUGCAUCUUGUUCAGGUCUUUGAGUCUAUGUCUGAAGGAGAAAAGGAUUUUUCAGAGCUGCUCUGUAAUGCAGGUUUUGGAGAAAUGGAAGUUGUGGAUAAACCUAUGGUCCCAUCACACAGUGAAGUUGUACAGACAUCUUAUGUGCUCAAGAAAAGUCCUGUUUCACAGUUAUCCUGUUCGCCUGUUGUAACAGCUGCCUUUAAGGAGUCCUUUUUUUCAAUUGGAAGUUCAUUUGAUGUUACAGUAUCCUGUGUUAAGAGUCCAAAUGACUUUUGGUGUCAGAAAGUUAAUGAUGCACAAUGCCUGAAACUGCUAAUGCAGGAUCUCCAGAGGUGCUAUGCAAACUCUAAAUUUCAGCCUCUUUUAGAGGCUGCUUGUGUUGCCCGUCAUCCUAAAAAUAGAUUGUGGUCUCGUGCUUUGAUCAUUCAAAAGCACCAGAAUUCAAAUGUAACUGUUCUCUUUGUUGAUUAUGGGGAAACAAAGAACGUUCCUAUUCAUGACCUUCGCCGCAUUGAUCCACAAUUCCUUAAGCUAAAAGGACAAGCUUUUCGAUGCUGCUUGUAUGACUUGAGCUAUCCAGUCUCUCAUUCCACUUUGGUAUGGAGUUCAGAUGCUACUUUGCAUUUUCAAGAGUUUGUGGACAAGGCAACUUCUAUGAGCAUACCGCUAAAAUGUACUGUUUAUGCAGUGAUGUGUGACAUUCAGAAUGUGGUGUUCAAUGUAGUGGAUUUGGAGAGUCCGUUCCAAAGCAUAUGUCGGUUUCUUGUCCAGCAUGGUCUGGCUAACUAUGUGUCUAAUACAGUAGCUCAACCACUUUUAAGGCUGGAUACCUACCUCUAUUCUUCACAUGGCAUUAAAACUGGGGGUGAAGAGAAUGUGUGGAUCACCUGUGUAAAAAAUGUCAGCCACUUUUUUUGUCAGCUGCAGAGAAAUUUUGUGCAAAUUAAUGAACUUGCAUAUAAAGUCAACAAAUUAUGCAAUCAGCUGCAGAGCAUUACCUGUUCAAAAAUCUCUGGAAAAGUGUGCUUUGUAAGAUACACUGAUGGACUGUGGUACAGAGGACAAAUUAAAUCUAAAAAUCCAGUUGUAGUUCAUUUUGUGGACUAUGGUGACACACAGCAAGUUGAGGAAUCAGACCUCCUACCAGUUCUAGCUGAAGCUGCUGAAAUCAUGGCAGUGCCUGUGCAAGCAGUUGAAUGUCGGCUUUCUGAUUUGCCAGAAAAGGUUACAAGUGAAGUAAAUAGCUGGUUUGAAAGUUUUGUGACCGAUCGCCAUCUCAAAGCAUUGAUAGUUGCUAAAGAACCAUCUGGUAAAUUGAUUGUUGAGCUGUAUGAUGGAAAAACUCCAGUAAAUGCAAUAAUUAGAGAGAAACUUCACAUCAUUAAAGUUCAGCAAAUUGCUAUAAAAGGACUUGAUGUCAAAGAACAAUAUCAGUCAUACAAUAUGUCUCGUGAAAAACACUGGAGAUCUAAGAAAAUUGCUAACUUUGAAGAAAGCUCAAAAAGUUUUCAGAAUAUGGACAUGAAAAGAGAAAUGAAGCACAAAGCACAAAGAGAAUCACUAUGUGAAUCUGUAAAUGUGAAACCAACAGUCUUUAAACAAGCAGAACUACCUGUGAAGGCAGUCGAACCAGAUCUGGAAGCUGAAGUGUUCAUCUCGCAUUGCAGUAGUCCCUUGAGUUUCUUUGUCCAGUUGGUAAAAGAUGAAGGCAACAUCUGUUCUUUGGUGGAAAAGUUAAAUGAUGGUCAGUCAAAGCAUGUACCUGUUAACCCUGCUGACAUCUGUGAAGAUGACUUGGUUAUCACAGAGUACCCUGUUGAUCACUGUUGGUACCGAGCAGUUGUUAGAAAAGUGCUGGCCAAUGACUUAGCUGAUGUAGAAUUUAUAGACUUUGGAAACACUGCUGAAGUGUCACUGUCAAAAAUAUGCAUUCUGGACAAAAUGUUCUUACAACCGAGAUAUAGCAUUCAUUGCUCACUUACUGGAGGGGUAAAUGUUGAUACUGGUCUGGUCUCUAAUUUUAAAAAUGAAAUUGAAAAGAACACUGAUGGGUUUUUAUGUAAAUUUAUCCAGCAGUCAAGUUCUGUGUGGGAGGUCAGUCUUGAGGUCAGUGGUAUGCUUUUAGGAUCUGCUCUUUCCAAAGACACAAAUAUUAUAACCAUAUCAAAUGUGCCCAAGAGCCCAGAUACUGACUUCGAACCACAUGCUUAUACAAAUUCUGAUAUAUCGAUUGGACAGAUAAUUACAGCAUAUGCCUCAGUCAUUAUUGGGCCACAUGUGUUUUGGUGUCAGUAUGCAGAGACAGGAAAGCUUCAGGAGAUUUCUGAUAGAAUCCAAAAGUUUGGAAGUUAUUUGGAAUUUGGAGAUAUGGCUAUGGAAACCCUCCCAAUUGGAAGUGGGUGCAUUGCCCUUUUCGAUGAGGACCACUUGUGGUAUCGGGCAAAAGUGAUUUUAGCUGAAAAGGACAGCUUCUCUGUUGUGUUUGUUGACUAUGGAAAUGAAUCGAAAGUUAAAAUCUGCAACAUUAGGCCACUACCUUUGGAGGUAUCUGAAGUACCUCCACAGGCAUUUGCCUGUCAGCUUGAUGGCUUUAAUAGUUUGGAGGGGUCCUGGGAUGAGAAGGCAGCAAAUCAGUUCUUUGAGCUAAUCAGUGACCAGCUAUUGAAAGUCACUAUAUUGAAAUUAGGCAGUUUGUGUGAUAUGACAAGUCCUCAUCUAGUUAAGUUGGAAUGUAAGGAAGUUAUCAUAAAUGAUGCAAUGAAAAAAUUCUGGACUCAAAAUAGAACUUCAUUUGACCCAGCAAAUGCACCGACUGUCUUGGCUUCAAAUACUGUGGCUAAAAUGUCCUCUCCCUGUGAAACUGAAUCUGUAGUGAGAUUAAAUAACUCCCUUUGUGUAGCCACAGAUAAUGGUACGUGCAUUUCUCCACUUGCACUGCAAGUUGAACCCAAUGGUGCUCUGGCAGAGCAUGAGGAACGACAUGGUUCAAAGGAUUUUCUAGAUAAAAAAAAUGUUGCUCUGGUCAAGAUAUUUCCUCAGGACGAAGAUCAUGACUUGAAUUCAGCAGACAAUGAAUGUGUCAGUGUGAAGGAUACAAAUGUAAAUGCAGAUAGUCAACCUUCAGACAGUCUCAGAGGACACUUGUUGGACUUCCCAGACUUUAUAAAUAAAGGAAUGUUCACAGGUUCCAAGGAGUAUAUGGAUAAGAACAAAGUGGAACCUGUUAAAACAUUAUCACCAGAAGAUAAGAUCUUCAAAAAUAUGUGCGUGUUUGUUUCUGAACAGGAAGAGAGUAAGGCCAAGACUGAAAAUCAGAUCAUUAAAUCAGACAUGGGGAACAUAAGGAGGGAUGUGAAGCGCAGGGAGGUUGGGUCAGUAUGUGUAAUCUGGUCACAUGUUUACAAAAGAUGGUGCCGAGCAGAAACUUUAAAGAUUUUUGAAGAUUCUACUUUGGUACUGCUUUUGGACUAUGAUUUAACGAUGUUGGUUGAUCCAAUGAGCAUAUAUGAAAUUGUUCCAGAUGAAACAUUGCAGACUCAAGACUCAGAGUAUGACUCCUGUUUAUGUGUUAUGGAGGCAAUGUCUGGAAAACAUUUGCAACCAGCUGAUACUCGAGGCCCAGAUGUAGUCCCAUAUUCUUCUCAAGAAAGGAGUCAAAUGGUUGUUGUAGGCGCUGCACUUGAGCAAAGUAUAGCAGAUCCAAAGUUAGUACUCUUCAGUGCUAUAAUGGGCCAGGUACAAACAGAGGAGCUGAGUCCUCCAUCAGAUGAACAGAAAGAAUACAUGACUGAGACAUGUGAGCAGAUAGAUGAGCUGAUGGAAGUCAUACCUGUGAUACAUCUGAAGAAGGUUGAAGAAACUGAGCAUAAUACUGUAGAAUGUUUUUCCUCUCCAAAGCAUACAGCAAAAGGUUCUAAGAAAGAAACAGAUGAACAACCUAGUGCUGGGGUGGAUCUCAAUCAUGAGGAACAGAGCAAAAUGUUGGUUACAGAUGUUUCAGUUGAGCAAAGUGAACCAGCCUUGGAAAUGAAUCCAGCAUUGGAAGUAGCACAAGAUUUAUCCUCUGCACUUAAAGCAAAGAUUGAUGCUGAUUUGGCGGGGACUGAACUUUUUGCUGCUAAUACAGUGUCUUCUGAUUUACAGAAACCAUCUGAUGUAGACAACCCAAGGGCUUCAACUGUCACACAUUUGACCCUGAGGAUUGAGGACACGUCUGAUGAUAAUAUCUUUGUGAAAGAAUUGCAGGCUUCCCCAAGUGAGGCAUGCAAGCCAAGUACUAAAGAAUAGCUGGCGCUCGAUUACUCAAGGCACUGUUUAACUCUCAGGAUCUCUGGUUGCAUUUUGAUUUGUUUGUUGUAACAUCUUUUAUCACUUUAGUACUUGAGUAUCUAAUUUCUGCGUUUUGAGUUAUGCCAGAAUUUUUUUUUCUAUAUUUUCACCCCUUUAUCGUUCUAUGUUCCUUGUUAUUUAGAUACAUCCAGAACCAAGUUGUGUUCUAUUGUUUUGGGUUGUAAAGGCUAAGCUUAAAGUGCAUGUGCUAAAUGUUGUAAUAAGAAAUAACAAAAACAUUUGUUUAGUAAUAGCAUACGUUACCCUUUAAUUUUCUAUUGCACAAAUUUGUAUAUGUUCUUGAAAGCAUUUCAGUAAAAUAAAUAUGGUGCAAGUUUCA